AUGCUGGAGAAAAGGCAGGUGCAGCUGACAAAUAUCAACGUAGUUCCCUUUGGCAUUUGGCAAAACAUUGAUGAGCACCUCAGAUUCAUGAUUCUGAAGGAUGAAGUGCACCCCGAAUUGGACACCUGUAUCAUUGUUGAAUAUAAAGGUCAUAUGAUCCUCAACACGGUGGACUGCACCAGGCCAAACUACGGCCGACUGCCUCACAAUGUAGACCUGAUGAUGAGCGACUUUGCUGGGGGGGCGUCUGGCUUCCCCAUGACCUUCAGUGGAGGAAAAUACACAGAGAGCUGGAAAGCCGAUUUCAUCAAGAAUGAAAGGAAGAAGCUCAUGAACUACAAGGCCCAGCUGGUAAAGUCCUUGCAGCCCAAGAUCUACUGCCCGUUUGCCGGUUACUUUGUGGAAGCACAUCCCUCAGACAGGUACAUUAAGGAAACUAACACGAAAAACAACGCAGAUGAGCUCAAUGCCCUGAUCAAGAAGAGCGCUCCAGGCAUAACAACAUGGACACCAAAGCCAGGCGCUGUGCUCGAUCUGGCCCUGGCUCUGAUGAGCCCCAGCCGGACAGCCAUCACCGACCCUCCGUCCGGGACAAACAUCUAUAAGGACAGUUGGGACUUUGAUUUGUACGUGGAUGAACUGAACAGGGCCAUCACCGCUGAGAUAUUUAAACAUAAAAGCUGGAUCCAAUUUUAUUACAUCUGGGCAGGGUUUAAAAACUACAAUCUAGUUGUCCGGGUCAUUGAGACAGAUGAGGACUUCAUUCCGAUAGACAAUGGCUACAACUAUCUGGUGGACUUCAUGGAUCUCUCCUUCCCUACUCAGAGGCCCACUAGAGAGCACCCUUAUGAGGAGAUCAAGACCAGGAUCGGAGUCAUGAGGCACGUGGUGAAGAAUGGCCUUCUUUGGGACGACCUGUAUAUCGGCUUCCAGAACCGUCUGAGCAGAGAGCCAGACGUCUACCACCACCGGUUCUGGAACCACUUCCAGACAGAGUUGCCAGUCGCUGGGCCAGACUGGGACUUGUUCCUGCAGCAGGUGUCAUCAUACCAGAGGUCUGCUGAACCCCAGGGAAUCCAAACAGAAAGUGGCUCUGCUUCUACAUUGUAUUAGAAAAAGCAGACUAUACUGUCUGAUGAGAACCAAGCGUUGUGCCUGUAUCCAUUAAUGAAUAGUAAUGAAUAAGAAGACCUGCUCUCCCUGUCACUGUAGGUACCACCAACCUCCCUGUGCUACUGAAACAGGGAAAAAGGGACGUGGCUGACAAUAUUUAAUUUCUGAAUUGGUUCAUUUAGGGUUCAUUUUCGAAUUAGUUUUUUCAUAUAAUAGUGAAAUCUAUUAGCAUAGCGUCU